CAACACCUGAAUAUAAGUUUCCACUGCCUAAAGAAGGUGAAUAUCAUGUUUUGGAUUCUGGAUUUCCAUGUACAAAAGGUUUUCUCCCACCAUAUCGUGGUGAAAGAUACCAUUUGCAAGAAUACAAUAGUGGACGUAAUGGACCGCGUGGCAUGAAAGAACUAUUCAAUUAUAGACAUUCUUCACUUAGAAAUGUCAUUGAACAGUGCUUUGGUGUGCUGAAAGCUCGUUUUCCUAUAUUAAAGAUGAUGCCACCUUACAAAUUGAGUCGACAAACUUUAAUAGUAAUUGCUUGUUGUACACUUCAUAAUUUUAUUCGACAAUGCACCCAAUAUGAUCAUAUGUUUAGAGAAUGGGAAGAAAAAGAACUUGAGAGUGAAGACAACAAAGAAGGAUGGGAAACCAGUGUGUCAAGAUAUGAAGUUAAUUUGUCUGAUGAAUCUGCUGCAGUAAUGGCACGUGUUCGAGAUCGUAUUGCUCAAACUAUGUGGACGGCUUAUAAUAAUAGAAAUUAGUCAAUUAUAUUUUAAUGUUUGAUGAUACA